AUGGUAGAAGAUGGCUACAAGGAAGAUAUACCACUAAAUAGAAGGGCAAGGUCUUCUGAAAAGCCUCGCGAACAUGUUUCAAUGAAGGAAUUAUUUGCCUUUAGGGUACAAGAGAGGUUAGCUGAUGGAUCGCCAUUGCUUUACUCAAGGAGACUAUUUCAACAAUUCUUGGUGGAUGCAUAUUCAAUGAUUGAGUCUUCAAGGUUGAUGUAUAUUCACUUGGACCAGAACAAGUUUAGGUGUGAGAUGUAUAAGGGUUUAGCAGAAGCUGUCUUGAGAGGUGAAACAACGCCUUCAUCAAGGAAAAAACGUAUCAUACUACCAUCAUCAUUCACAGGAGGUUCGAGAUACAUAAUACAAAAUUACCAAGAUGCAAUGUCUAUCUGUAGAGUGGUUGGCUAUCCAGAUCUCUUCUUAACAUUCACUUGCAACCCUAAGUGGCCAGAACUAGAAGAUUUUCUUAAGAAUAGGGAACUUAAUGCCGAAGACAGACCAGAUGUUGUUUGUAGAGUUUUUAAAGUAAAACUUGAUCAUCUCAUACAAGACAUAAGAAAAAAAAGGAUUUUCAGAAGGGUUACUGCAGUUGUAUACACUAUUGAAUUCCAAAAGCGAGGCUUGCCACAUGCACAUAUUUUGGUGUUUAUACAUAGAGAUGAUAAAUAUCUAACCCCAGAAGAUAUUGAUAAGAUUAUAUGCGCUGAGAUACCAGAUAAAGAUGUCAACCUAACAUACUAUGAAGCUGUAGAGAAACACAUGAUGCAUGGACCAUGUGGAACUAUUAAACGGGACUCACCAUGCAUGAAAAAUGGAAAGUGCAUCAGACAUUUUCCCAAGAGAUUUGUUGAUAGUACAAGGGUUGAUGAGGAUGGAUAUCCUGUUUACAGACGGAGGGAGGAUGGAAAGACAAUAAUUAAAUCUGGAAUUGAAGAUAACAGAUAUGUUGUCCCACAGAACAGGACAUUAUUACUGAGGUAUGGCACUCACAUUAAUGUGAAGUGGUGCAAUCAAUCAAGAUCAAUCAAGUGUCUAUUCAAGUAUGUAAACAAAGGGAAUGAUCGAGUCACUACUUCGUUCUAUAGUAGUGCUAACACGGAUGCAGAAAAUGAUGAGUGUAAUGAAGUCUGUAUGUAUUAUGAUUGUAGAUACAUAUCUCCAUGUGAAGCAGUAUGGAGGAUAUUUGGUUACAACAUUCAUUAUAGAGACCCAUCAGUUAUACAUUUGGGCUUUCACUUGUCGGGUGAGCAACCAGUAGUUUUCCAAGAUCAUGAAAUCCUACGAGAUGUUGCUAGGAAAGCGCCUGUCAAAGAAUCAAUGUUCCUAGGAUGGUUUGAACUUUGA